CGAAGUUACACAAGACUAACUCACUACACACCACCUUCUCUUCCUCCAUCUCUCCAUCCCUAGCUCCCCAUCAUGGCCAAAAAUCUUUUCAUCCUCUUCCUCCUCACCCUCUUAUCCUCUUUGCAGAUUCACGCCAGAGAUCCACAACUUUUCAACAAAAUCCCCAGCAACAAUGGUGCAAAAGAGACCCAAGUGGCAGUACCAACAAGUGAGGAGACAUUGAACAACAAACAAGAACAAGAGCCAAACUUCAUCCCUGAAAACGAAAAUGGUGGCUAUGGUCUUUAUGGCCACGAGUCAGGCCAACUCCCUCCGUCCACCACCACAACCACCAACCCCAGUGGUGAACCCUACAAAGCCACCACUAACCUUCCAUACAACAAUGAACCAAGAGAUUCCUACCCCAAGUACUUGCCCAAGAACUACAACACCGAGUCCUAUGUGACUGAACCGGAAGGUUACAGACCACAAAACAACCAACCAAGAGAAUCCUACCCCAAGUACUUGCCCAAGAACUACAACGCCGAGUCCUAUGUGACUGAACCGGAAGGUUACAGACCACAAAACAACAACUACAACAGCAACAACUUCUACAAUGGUGAAAAUACCUACUACAACAACGAGAAACAAGGUUUGGGUGAAAGCACUUACUACAACAAUGAGCAACAAGGUUUGGGUGAGACUAAAUUGUUGGGCAAUAGCUACACCAAUCCAAGCAACAACAGAAACAACUACUACAACAACCAAAACAACAAGAACAACUAUGGUGCUAGCAACAGUUACUACAAUGGAGAGCAACAAGGUUUGAGUGAUACAAGAUCCAACAGCAACAACUACUACAGUUACAAUGGCGGAAAUGCUAACGGUGGAGCGCAGAAGAAAGGGAUGAGUGAUACGAGGUUUUUGGAAAAUGGCAAGUACUUUUAUGAUAUUAGCAUGGAACAGAUUUUGAACCGUGGCCUAUAUGGAGCAAACAACAGAGGAUACUAUUGGAAUGAUAAUCAGAAUUCUUAUAACAAUUAUCAGGACCAGGAGCAGUUCCAGAACUUCCAGGACGAGGAUGACAUGCCUUGAGAUAUCCCAGCCUUGUGUCAGCAAAGAUGAGAAUGAUUUUGAUUACAUUACAUGUGGUGUUUUGAGAGUUAAAUUAUGCCUAAUUAGCAUAAAAAUGUUUAAAUUGUUAUAGAUUUAUUUAUGGGGUUUUCGUUUGUUUUUUUUUUUUUUACUAUAGUUAAUUUCAUGCUUUGAAAAAACUACAGUGUGGGAGUAUGAUUCUGUAACUGGCCAUGAUAUUGGGCAAUUCAAUAAAUUGUACAUUAAUUACCUUGAAGUGAACCUUGGAUCAAAGAAAUUCCGUUGGCUUUGGCAAA